UGACGCAAGCACUCCCAUUUAUAUAGCAUGAGCAGAGCAAGAGUUGUCUAACAUACAGGGCGCAAAUCUCAUUCUGACAUUGGGAUCGUUUGGUUGACCUGCUUUUGUUUGGCCACUUGGGACCGAGGACUAUGGAGUCCAGGGUGUGAUACCCGAUGCCUGUAUGAGGGCUAGAAUAAGCAAAUCCAGAAAAGUAAUUGGGGUGUCAAUACAGCGGUAGGAUCGUCUCCUUCCCGCGAUAUGGCGACACCGGCUACCUCUGCCAAUGGGACGGCGAGGUCGUCAAGGACCUCCUCGGUCUCAGGCUCACAAGCGCAACAUCGGCCGACCGUGCCUUCUACCCUGCGACAGGCGCAUAUGCCUCCCUCAUCGCCGGAGGAUGCUCACUAUAUGCGCAUAGAUGGUAUUGAACCAGAGGUAGAGGAUGACGGAAUUCAUCCUCAUGCCUAUGACAAUGCGCCGGCUACCGAGGGUGUGGAAGCUGUAGAAGCGCAGGCGGAUCUUGACGAGCUGCCCGAGCAGCCAGAUGCCCGUACCAAGCUCUUGGGCCAUGGUAGGAAGUAUCACGUGGCAGCAGAUUGUGGCGAAGAGAACUGUAGUCAUGGUACCUUCUCACCGCGGCCGCGGUAUUUGAGAGGAUAUGGGAGCUUCGCGACCAAUUGGUCGUUUCGCUCCAAUGCCAAGCCCGAUGGAUAUGGAGGACCAAAUCGGGACGCAGGGAGCAGUGAUGGGUCGUAUCGAGGCGACUACAUCGAACACGCUCUUGGCGAUGCUGUGACGGAUGGGUUACUUGGUCAUCCGAGCAAGAGUAGCACAACGCAUUGGCUGGCAAGCAAGUAUGGGAUAAAGCAUGAACGGUUAAUGUUUCUUAUAUACUACCUGCCGAUUACGAAUUGGAUUCGGCAAUACAAAUGGUCCUAUGUGCAAGGCGAUCUCGUAGCAGCAUUGACGAUGGCGUCCUUCUACAUACCCAUGUCAUUAUCCUACGCAUCCAAUCUUGGUCAUAUACCACCAAUCAACGGCCUGUAUUCAUUUGUCUUCAACCCACUGAUUUACGCCAUCCUGGGAACAUGCCCGCAGAUGGUAGUCGGGCCAGAAGCUGCUGGCUCGCUGCUUACAGGUGUUGUUGUUAAGGAGGCCAUCAAAGCUGGUCAUCACCAAGACCACGACGGCGCGAAGAGUGCGCAGGUGGCAGGCAUGGUGACCGGGCUUGCCGGCGCCAUCAUCUUAGCUGCUGGUGUCUGUCGGCUUGGCUUCCUCGACUCUGUGCUCUCCCGGCCGUUCCUGCGAGGCUUCAUCAGCGCCAUAGGCAUUGUGAUCCUGGUUGACCAACUCAUUCCGGAGAUGGGCCUCGAUUCGGCGGCGACACAUUCCAACGCCGCGCACGGAAGCAGUCUUGACAAGAUCCUGUUCCUCGGCCGCCAUAGCCACGAAGCGCACCGUCUCACGACAAUAGUCUCGUUCAGUACAAUAGCCAUAGUGCUGGUGCUACGGGAAGUAAAGCGCCAACUCCAGCCUCGUAUGAGCUGGGUAGCCUACGUGCCCGACCGCUUUUUGGUCGUAGUGCUCUCCGCCGUCUUCGCCUGGCGCUUCAACUGGGAAGCGCAAGGUCUGCAGAUUCUGGGAGACAUCAAAGCCAAAGGCCGGCCUUUCCAGCCGCAUUUCCCGUACGCGGCCUCGAACUUCAACCAUGUGAACGACGCAUUCAGUACCUCAUUUGUUAUUGCGCUUCUCGGAUUUUUCGAGAGCUCGGUCGCGGCGAAGAGCUUGGGCACUGGUAUAUCGAAGCCCAAGCGCGUGAAGAAGGAAGACGGUACGGAAGAGGUUGUGGAGGGCGACGGCAUUAAGGGCGUGACUGUCUCCGCUAAUCGCGAGCUGCUUGCGCUUGGUGUCGCCAAUGUCGUGGGUAGUAUCUUCAUGGCUUUACCGGCGUUUGGUGGGUAUGGUCGCAGCAAGGUCAACGCUAGCACGGGUGGCAAGACGCCGAUGAGCUCGGUCUUCUUGUCCCUGAUCUCGAUCAUCUGUGUGAUGUUUCUCAUGCCGUACUUCCACUACAUACCGAAAGCAACGCUCAGCGCCAUGAUCUCCGUGGUGGCUUACAGCCUGAUCGAAGAAGCGCCCCAUGACCUUCUCUUCUUCUGGCGCAUCUCCGGAUGGAACGAGCUGAUACUAAUGCUGCUCAUCUUCCUUACGACCUUCUUCUGGAACCUGCGCAUCGGCAUAGCUGUAGGCAUAGGCCUAUCACUCCUGCGCCUUCUCCGUCACAGCACAAGACCUCGCAUUCAGAUCCUUGGACGCGUGCCCGGGACCAAAGAUUUCGAAAAUGCAGAGAUGAUGCCUGACAGUGUCGAGUUUGUGCCGCACUGCUUGAUCGUCAAGAUUCCGGAGCCGCUUACCUUCGCUAACACUGGCUCGCUCAAAGACAGGUUGAGGCGACUCGAAGACCAUGGAACCAACAGCGCUCAUCCAGCGUUACCGCGUGUGCGAGAGCCAAAGCACAACCAAAACAUCAUCUUUGACGUUCAUGGAGUAACUUCCAUGGACCCUGCCGCAAGCCAGGUGCUUUUGGAGAUCGUGAAGGCAUAUAUAGAUCGAGGAACGGACGUAUACUUUUGCAGGGUACCAAGCCGAAAGACGGAGGUAUGGAGGCUUCUCAAUGUCACUGGAAUCUUCGAGCUAUGUGGUGGAGAGGUUCACUUCCUGCGAAGUGUGGAUGAGGCGCUCCGUGCUACAGAGCUCAGGGGGAGUACGCUUGGUAGUGAGAUAGGCGACGAGGAGGCCAUGAUUGGAGAAGGCACGGAGACGGAAGAUGCUCGUGUUAGCGAUUCGACCAUAGAGACCCAGGACAUGGUGGUAGCUGAGGGUGCUGCCAAAGGUGACGAUAUGCGUGCGGCUGAGCAGCCGGAACACGAUGGGCUGGCUGGUGGAGACGACGCUUUGCGACAAUCAGCGCCAGACAGAUGAAGGCGAAGUGCGCUCGGACUGUGCUUGUAUCGUAGACGCUACAAUAUUGUACAGAGUCUGCAACGACGGGGUAUCUAUGCACGAGAAUAUUACCGCCC